AAUGGAAACAGACGAAACCCAGAUAUUGAAUUUGCAACCGAGAUUGGACAGGGAUUGUUGAUUGAGGUGCGUAAGCUUCAGACGGCUUUACAAGAAAAAGAAGAGAUCAUCAAACAACUUGAGAUGUCGCAGGCAGAUACUGAACGAUCACAGGAAUCAGCCGAACGAUAUCUGAAGCAAAGAGAGGAAACUGAAGAGAGACUCAAAGAAGAGAAUUGGAACCUUGAAGUGACAAACCAAGAAUUGCGUGCUAGCCUGCUUGAAACAAAUCAAGCAUUAGCCAAGCAUAACACUGAAUAUAGUAAGCUGGCUAAGCAGCUCAAGAGUCAAUCUGAGCAAAUCGAUAUCAUGAAAGCGCAAGAAGAAAAAUCUGCCUCUGUCAUUGAAGCCAUGAAGGCACGUCAUGAACAGGAA